CUUACAAAAAGUACUGUGUAGUAUACAUUUCAAACUAUAAUGUAAAAGGGAUACCAUUUGUUGAACUCUUAUUUCCUACCUAGCAUCAAUUAGGUUGUAUUAUCUUCACUUUAGGGACAAGGAAAUUCAGGCUCUUAUGAUAUUCCUCAUCCGUAUCGUUCACAAGUGUUGGAAGAAUACAACACAGACCUAUAUGGUUCCAAAGCCUAUGCCAUUAGAAAUAUUUGUAAAGUAAGCGUUCUUCGUGAGCAAAGACAAUCGUCCUAGGCUUAGUAUUGUGUCUGAUACGUAAGUGAUCAGACAGGUAAACCUUGACAGAACUGAAAUCCUUUGAUCAUUUUACGCUUUAAAUUCUUCUCUGGGGUGGGAAAAGCUUGCUUUUUGUUUUUGGUAACAGCUUCGAGUAUAACUGACAUGCAAUAAGUUGCACAUAUUUAAAGUGUGCAAUUUGAUACGGUUUGACAUAAUUGUACAUCCGUAAAGCCAUCACCCGAGAUGAGAAAAUUCACAAACUGCAAAUAAAGAUCUCAAUACGGCCUCUGGAAGAACACCUGACCUAGGAAGAGUUGGAUGAGUAUCAUGUAAGCGGUAAGGCCAGAUCUAAAGGUCGGCUCCGGGCUCCCUAUCUGACAAGUAGGGUCCCCUGGCCAGGUUCACUAUGUUAGAGUCUUUUAGCUACCCUACCCACGUCCGGAAAGCAACCACCUGUGACCUAACCUUGACCGGGACACGCUUCCGCACUCUCCAAAUCCGACUUCUACACCUGUAUAGGACUGACCAAGUUUCUAGGUCUGCGCUCACACCGAAGUCGGAAGCUCGUCAGCGUCCGGCUUUCAAAAUGCCGCCUCUCGAGUCUUCCUGAGGCAGUUUGACUCCCAGCGUGCAGUGCGUACGCCCCCGUCGGUUCUGCCCGGAAGACGGAAGUGUAAAAACUUCCGGUCGGCGAGCUCCUGUGGCGUGUGUGUUGGUUUCUCAGGUAAAACAUGGCUAAAAGCUUACGGAGCAAGUGGAAAAGAAAGAUGCGCGCUGAAAAGAGAAAAAAGAAUGCCCCAAAGGAGCUCAGCAGGCUUAAAAGUAUUCUCAAAUUAGAUGGUGAUGUUUUAAUGAAAGAUGUUCAAGAGAUAGCAACUGUGGUGAUACCCAAACCCAAACAUUGCCAAGAGAAAAUGCAAUGUGAGGUAAAAGAUGAAAAAGAUGACAUGAAAAUGGAGACUGAUGUUAAGAGAAACAAAAAGACUCUUCUAGACCAGAAUGGGCAGUACCCAAUAUGGAUGAACCAAAGGCAAAGAAAAAAGCUGAAGGCAAAGCGAGAGAGAAGAAAGGGGAAAAGUAAAGCAAAAGCAGUGAAAGUGGCAAAGGGUUUGGCCUGGUAGACUUAAAACCUUGGAAAAUGCCACAUGGGACAGAUGAUGGAUUAGAAUGUAUACACAUGUAUAUUUUGAUUUCAACUCCCACCAAAUGAAAACUAUUUGUUUUCCUAUUUUAACUUGACCUUUUUUCUUCAAUUCAAACCCAGCAUAACUCCUCAAGUUUGUUUUGGGAACUUGAAUAAAAUACUUGUUUCAUACAUGCAAACUCUACUGAUUUUUUAAUUGGUUGCUACCCAAUACCAGUUAUUAUCAGGCCUCAAAAUUCUGUCAGGUAUUAAUGUAGUUAGAAUUGUUAUUACAACUAGUAAUUAUAGUCAGUAAAGAUAAAACAUGAUGUAUUGAGAAAUUUUUGUGAACUUAUAUUUAAAGAAUGCUGUUACAUAAUCAUCAUUUAAAAAUACAACAUUUGGCCAAGGAUGGUGGCUCACACCUGUAAUCCCAGCACUUUGGGAGGCCGAGGUGAGCAGAUCAUGAAGUCAGGAGUUCCAGACCAGCAUGGCCAAUAUGGUGAAACCCUGUCUCUACAAAAAAUACAAAAUUGGUCGGGCAUGGUGGUGUGCACCUGUAGUCCCCGCUACUUGUGAUGCUGAGGCAGCAGAAUCCCUUGAACCCAGGAGGCAGAGGUUACAGUGAGCCAAGAUCGCGCCCCAUACCCCACAGUCCUGCCCAGCCUGGACGACAGAGCAAGACUUUGUCUCAAAAAAAAAAAAAAAAUUAGUGGAUCUUACAAAGUACUUGUGUGGAGCUUUGAUUCCACAGAAUAAAAGAUAUUUUGCAUGUA